CACAAUUCUUUUUUUUUUUUUGAAUAAAUGAAGUAUGGGAUUUGAAAACAAGUUUGUGUAAAGUGAACAAUUUUUUUAGCUUACAUUUGAUUUGCUUUUUAUAUGAUGUCUCGAAGAAGACGUUAUGAUUAUUUGUCGGUUUCUAUGCUUGGAAAGAAGUACGAAACAAAGCGUAAAAAACCGGCACGUCGGUCACAAGGCAAUUUAGAUAAAGAACAUGUAUAUUUGAACGAAUUUGAAGACCGAAUCUCUCCAGAACUGACAGCAGUGCCAAGGAGUGUUUUUGCGUCGACAAAUGAAACAGCCAACCAAUCGUUGAAUCCCAAUAUUCGGCAAGAUGAAGAUAAUUUAAACCACGAUUCAUUUCAACUUUUUAAUCAAUUUGUGAGAAUAGAGACACAAAAUGCUGAUGAGUUAAACAGUACAGUUGACAGUGAAAUACCCAAUGGAAUACAACACAAUGGUGAAAAUAUCGAUGAAUCAGGCAACAUUAACGAUUGGAAUGAUUUUUUUAAUGUGUUUUCGAAGAAGAAUCAUUCACAAUUUCGAGUGAAUUCGGAUAUAAUUAUAGCCGAAAUUUUGUUCUUGGUUGUGAACUACUACGUUCGUCAUAACUUGUCACAAGAUGCACUAGAAGAUUUAUUGAAAAUGCUAAAUGUUAUUAGUGGAACAAAAUGCUUCCCUGAAAAUUUUGAAACAUUCGCGUCUCAGUUCCGUAAUAACCCAUAUGAUGCCAAACGUGUUUAUUUUUGUACAUUCUGUCAAUAUGAUUUUGGAACAAACCUACCCAAGAAAGGAACAUUAUGCCCUAUUUGUAAAUCACAAGGACAUGAUUUUUUCGUAACUAUACCUAUUGAGCCACAACUUCGUGAAAUGGUACUAAAAUAUAGCCUGGAAAUUGAGCAGCAUUCCAUGGAAAUCGAAAAUAAGAAUAUUUGUGAUAUUAAUCGAGGACGCGUAGCAAGGCGUUUAAUGAAAGAGCAUCCGGAGAAACAUCUCACGUUAAGUUCUAAUACUGAUGGUGCAGCGUCUCGAAAGAGUACGACAAAAAAAAACACUUUAUCCGGUUUUCGUUACACUUAACAAUCUCCCGCCAGUACUUAGAUUCAACAAACACAACCUUUUAAUUGCUGCACUUUGGUUAUCAAAGGAAGAACCCAACCUUAAUUUACUCUACAAAUAUUUUUGCAUAGAAUUAAGAAUACUAAAGAAAGGUAUCUCGAUCGGUAAUCAAAACUAUACAGUCAGUCUUCUACAAAAUUGCGUGGAUUCUGUGGCAAGAUGUAAAGUUUUGUGUAUGAAGCAAUAUAAUGGAGAUUACGGAUGCACAAUGUGUCUGCAUCCCGGAAAAGCUACUGAUGCAAGCCCAAUAAGAUAUUAUCCAAGUCAACGGUAUCCCAAACGUGACGAUGCGACCACUAGAAAAAUGAUGGAUGAAGUUCAAUUUACAGGUCAAGAAGUGCAUGGAAUAUUAAAUAAAUCAGUUUUCGUGGCUCUGCCUGAAUUCGAUAUCAUAAUAAGUCACCCUCCAGAUUAUAUGCACGCAGUUCUUCUGGGGGUUAUGAAACAGUUAUGGGCAAGUCUAACUGAAAGUGAAAAUCAUAAAGCUCCAUUUUACGUAGGACUUCGUAUGAAAGAUAUUGAGAAACGUUUUCUCUCCUUCCGACCUCCAAGCUCAUUCCCGAGGUAUCCACGUUCAUUGAAUCAAGUAAAAAAAUUCAAAGCAAACGAAUGGGAAGCCAUGUUAUUACAUUAUAUAUAUCCUAGUUUAUAUAAAAUUCUUCCUGACCAUUUAUUGAACCAUAUUAUGCUUUUAUCAUCUACAAUAUUUUUAUUAUUGGAUCCAAAUUUGUCUGAGGAAAUGAUUAAUUGGUGCGAUAAAAAGCUUAAACUUUUUGGUUGCCAAUUUGAGGCUAUUUAUGGAAUAGGACGAAUGACUUACAACGUUCAUUUGAUGUCUCAUUUAGCAGAAACUGUUCGAAAUCUUGGAGCAUUGUAUAACUCAUCAUUGUUUCCUUAUGAAUCAGGUAACACAGACAUGUAACAUCAGUAACUAAAUAUUAACCAUCUUUGUUUAACAUUUUCAGGAAACGGAAUGCUAUUGAAAUUUUGCAGUGGCAACAACAAACCUGUUCUUCAAAUCGAAAAAAAAUAUUACUUGAAUAAACUUUGUCAAAACAGCAGGGUGCCUCAAGAUUCGGUCAUUAAGCAGUGGGUUCAGUCUAUAUGGUUCAAGAAACAUUCUAUAGUUCAGUAUAAUCCUCAAAAAAUAUUUACUGUGAAUAAUUCUACCCUCUUCGAUAAUGAUGUAACACAACGUCAUUUCAGCUAUCAUUCUAGACUGUACUACAAUCGCUUAAAUUUGUGCACAAAAGCUGCUUGCUCAGAUCUCAAAUAUGAUGAUUCAUGGAUUUGGAUCAACAGUAAUUUUUUUCGUAUUCAUGCUAUUCUAUGCGAUCAAGCAAAUAUAAUUUAUAUACUUGGCCAAAAGUUGGAUACUAUUAGUUUGUUUCCUAAUAUGUAUUCCUAUACUUUCACGGAUGAAGUUAGAAUUAUGAAAGUUACGGAUUCUUUAAAGCAAUGUAUUAGUAUGAAAGUUGAAACUAACGGUGAAUACAUGAGAUUCAUUUCGAUAUGCAAAAAGCAAACACAAGUUGAUUAAAAAGAACUUUUAAUAAAUAAUGUAUCAUUCUUCAGAUGCUAUUCUUGUUAAAAAGUUAGAUUGAAAUGAAAUGCCUUGUGUUCCUGCAGGUUACAUCAAAUGAAAAUAACAAUACAAAAUAAUUGGAAACCCAAAUAUGUUUACAUGUAUUACUAGCCAAUUAAAUGCCGUUAUUAUAUGCCCUAAACCGAAA